AACAAACUUUAAGUGCAUAUGUACGCCGUAUGUAGAAAUACCCCCAUAAGAAUCGUCUUUUUCUGGUCUUUCUUCCGACUCAUGAGCCAAGGCAUCUCCACUAGACUGACUCUUAACAAUUUAUUUUUUAUUUUCCGCCGCUCACAGGAAAAGACGUCAUUGAUACUUAUACUAUGAUGCGUACGUCUUGACUUUUAUUCCAUGUGAUUUCAUCCUCCAUAACUCCACCAACCUCAACAUCAAUCUCGACAUUAGUAUCUUGACGCGACAAUACAAUCAUAACCUCAAAAUGGCUGAAAUGCAAGCAUGGCAAGUCGCCCACCCAGGCCCAAUGGAAAAAGUCUUCCGCCUCACCACGCUCCCCAAACCAAGCACCCUCAAGCCCGGCCAGAUCCUCGUCAAAGUCUCCAGCGCAGCCCUCAACCCCGCCGACUACAAGGUCUGCGAGCUCGGCCUCGCAUCCCGCCUCAUCACCUCCUUCCCCAAGAUUCCAGGCAUGGAUCUCAGCGGCCGCGUCGUCUCCGUCGCACAAGACGUUGCCGAUGCGAAAGAGGGUGAUUUUGUUCUAGCUAGAGCGUCGCCGACGAAGGCUUGGGGCUCGUUGGCCGAGUAUACGAUCCUCGAUAAGGAGGGGUAUAGCGUUAUACCUGAGAGUCUGGAUAUGGAUCAGGCUGCUGGUGUGGGCACCGCGGGGUUGACGGCGUAUCAGAGUAUCGCGCCGUAUGUCAAGAGUGGUGAUAAGGUGUUUAUAAACGGUGGCUCGGGCGGUGUUGGACUCUGGGGUAUUCAGAUCGCCAAGGUGUUGGGAUGUUCUGUUACAGUGUCGUGCUCAACUGGAAAAGCAGAGCUGUGCAGAAGCUUAGGCGCGGAUGAUAUUAUCGACUACAAGACCAGCGAUGUCAUCGCCGAGCUCAAGAAGCGCGGUCAAGUCUUCAGCCACUGCGUCGACAACGUGGGUGACGCACCGCCCAAUCUCUACGCUUCAUCAAACAACUUCCUCCUCCCCGGCAGCAGCUUUGUCUUCGUGGGCGGUCACGUCUCAGCCAAGAGCGUUCUCAGCUUAACGACGAACCUAGUACGACCUUCGUUUCUGGGCGGUGUAAAGGCAAAGUUUGCUACGUAUGCUACUGCGAACAAGAAGAAGGAUCUGGAUCAGCUGAGGGAUUGGUUGGUGGAGGGCAAGGUCAAGACUGUGAUUGAUUCGACGUUUGGGUUCAAGGAGGCGGACAAGGCCUUUGAGCACUUGAAGAAGGGGUCUAGUGGUGGUAAGGUUAUGAUUCAUGUUGAGUAAGGAUGGGAUGGGAAUUGUGAUACCAUGGGCGGGCGUUUUGUUAUUAGAUGUAGACUAUGAUACAGUAAUGUACUAGUUUGCUUGCGA